CGUGUUAGAAGAUCGAGCCCCCUGUCGUUGGAGAGAGAGAGAGAGAGAGAGAGAGAGAGAGAGAGAGAGAGAGAGAAUUCCGAGAACUCGCCCCUAUAUCUUCUCCUCCGUCUUCGUCGCCGCCGAUCAUUUCCGUUAGCGGAGGUCUUUCAACUCAACGAUGGCAAACGCUGCAUCUGGUAUGGCUGUCCAUGAUGACUGCAAAUUAAAGUUCUUGGAGCUGAAGGCCAAGAGGACUUACCGGUAUAUAGUGUUCAAGAUUGAAGAGAAGCAGAAGCAAGUCAUUGUGGAGAAGGUUGGUGAGCCGUCGCAAAGCUACGAGGAUUUUGCAGCCAGUCUUCCUGCUGAUGAGUGUCGCUAUGCUGUUUACGACUUUGACUUUGUCACUGAGGAGAACUGCCAGAAGAGUAGAAUUUUCUUCAUUGCAUGGUCUCCCGAUACAUCAAGGGUGAGGAGCAAGAUGAUUUACGCAAGCUCCAAAGAUAGAUUCAAGAGAGAGCUUGAUGGGAUUCAGGUGGAGCUGCAGGCAACCGAUCCAACUGAAAUGGGUCUUGAUGUUUUCCGGAGCCGAGCCAACUGAAUGUCUAUGGUGGCUAUACAGUAGCAGCCUUCUCGGGUUCUGUUCUUUUCAGUGAAAUGUUUAUACUUUAGUGGUGUGGUGGGUUUUGGUAGAUAUGAUAUCAAGUUCCAAGUCUCACCAUGCUAAUUUGCUUUCUUCAUCCUGGACAACAUCCAUGGUUAUCCAGUCCAUUGCGUCGAUUGUCUUGAGUGGCUUCUUGUAGUCUUACGUCUACAAGUUAAUAUGUAACUGUUUGUGGAGGUAGAUGACUUCCCUAGUUGAUUCCAGACCUUUCUAUUUUUUUUGUAUUUCCUCCUUUCACUUGGAUUUCUGAGGAUGAUGCUAUAUGACUUUCGGGUUGGUGAUUGAAUACUGAUAUUUACGGACAUGUGAGUAUUCUUUGUCCUCUUA